UGCUGUUUAUACUAUUGUAUUGUAAUCUUUAUUGCAGCAACAGAGAAAAAGUUCAAUUUCGAAUAUCAAAAAAAAAGUAUAGAUAAUAAAGAUGGACUGGAAGCGACAUGUAAAGCGGAGGGCCUUUAUCCACAACCAACCCUCAAUAUCUCAGUCAAGGACGUUCCAGAAAAACAAACUUCAAAACCUACACUGACACUUCGUGAAGAUGGAUUAUAUAACAUUUUAUCACGAGUAGACUUUCUAGACGAGGAACUACCAGAAGCUGCAGAGCUCAAAUGCAUUCUUGACAUCCCAAAAACAAAUUACAGUAUAACUCGGAAAACUAUCUAUUAUUCCG